GUUUAUAAAUGAUUUGAUUCUAACAAUGACCCUCCUACCUACCUGUCUGCAACUUCAUACUCACUUCUGUGAACUUCUAUUUAUCAUGGGCUGGCAACGUUUGCGAUCGAGUUUGGCUGCUGGGCUAUCAAAACUCCAUCAUUCCUAUUAUAGCACAAGCUCUGGUGUGAUCAAGUCUGACUAUCCACCUGUGCCUCUCCCAAGGUUGUCUUUCCCAGCAAGUGUGCUUGCAGCAGUUAAUGAGCACUCACUCGAAAAUAGAACGGCUUUUAUCUGUCCAGAGAUUAACAAGGAGGUGAAAUUCAAGACAAUCUCUGAUUCGGCCUUUGCGUUUGCUACAUUCCUCAGCAAAAGCGGUUUCCAUGAGAAGGAUGUUGCAUCAGCAGUUCUGGCAAAUCGGCCCGAAUUUCCGUCGAUGUUUUUGGGAGUAACAUUAAAUGGUGGACUUAUGACUUCAACUAGCCCGCUUUCCACUGAAUAUGAACUACAACGUCAUUUCACGGACUCUCAAGCAAAGCUGGUUAUCACCAACCGGCAAGCUUUGACAAAUGUACUGAAAGCUGUGCAGCAGUGUGGCAGCAUCAAGACUAUAAUUUGCAUCGAUGAUCAAUCAUCCACUUCAUUACCACCGGGAAUACAGAGUUGGAACCAUGUACUGGAGACAGCGCCUGAUUAUAAUCUCAAACUUCCCACAGUAGAUUUCGAACGCGAUGCGGUCUACAUGCCAUACUCCAGUGGUACGGCUGGUGAUCCAAAAGGCGUUCUACUAACACACAAGAAUUACAUCGCUAUGACUAAUAUUUUUAGAGGGUAUGACAACUUUUUCUUGACGGGCGCCUUGGACCCUCCGUAUGAUAAAGAAAAUGAGAAGCAAAUACUGAUAAUUCCGUUCUACCAUUGUUAUGGAUUCUGUAUGAUGAUGAUUUCAAUCUUGAACGGCUGCACCGCGGUGCUGUUGUCGCAUUUCAAGCCGGACACAUUUUGCUCAGCCAUUCAAAAUCAUCGAGUGCGAUGGAUAGCUAUAGCUCCACCUAUACUGAGUUUUCUUGCUAGGAGCCCGAUUUGUGCAAACUACGACCUCUCCUCUCUUGAAGGAGUUUUCAGCGGAUCGGCGCCGGCACCUAAGCAUAUCUGCGAGGAACUUCUUCAAAAAUAUGAACACAUCAAGUGCGUACAGCAAGGAUACGGUUUGUCCGAAACAUGCAUGGUGUCACAUCUACCAGACGUACUCAACGGCCAACCUCCUGGAAGCGUCGGCAAAGUCCUGCCGAAUUUGGAAGCAAAGAUCGUGGAUCCGGACACCGGUGAUAUAAAGGCGCAUGGUGAAAUGGGGGAAAUUUGCGUUCGUGGUCCCACUGUUAUGCUUGGAUACCAUCGCAAACCAGAGAUGACACAGCAGUGUAUCAGAGAUGGGUGGAUGCAUACGGGUGACGUCGGCUACGUUGAUGAAAAGGGGUACCUUUAUAUUGUAGAUCGCCUGAAAGAGCUUAUCAAAGUCAAGGGAUUCCAAGUGCCACCUGCUGAACUGGAGCAAAUACUCUCUGAACAUCCAGCGAUAAGUGAAGCAGUCGUGGUUGGUAUUCCACAUGAUAGAAAGGGUGAGGUGCCAAAAGCUUACGUGGUUCGACAAUCACCCAGCCUUUCCGAAGAAGAGGUUAAGGUUUACGUAGCCGAGAGAGUGUCAUCACACAAGCAUUUGGUAGGCGGUGUCGAAUUUGUAGAAAAAAUCCCGAAGACACCAUCGGGAAAACCUAUGAGGCGCGUUUUACGAGACCGAAACAGAAACUCGUAGAGUCAUUGCUGUAAUAUCUGUGCUACCACAUCGUUGAGUCGUCGAUCGCAGGGCCGACCGUAGAUUGCGGAGCACGCGCCGCGGCUAAAAUGUCACGAGAGCAAGGCUUGUACAAUAGCGGUUUGUACUGUACAAGCGUGACGGCGCGACUCGUGCUCCGCCAACCACGGUCAGUCCGUGCG